CAUGUACGAAAUAACUCCAUCAGAAGCUGAAAAGUCGAGUCUUGUGGGUCUUUACUCGGAAUAUUUUCGCACCUUUCCGUCAAGCUUUCAUGACUAGAGACCAGUAUCAAGAGAUAGAUAAGAAAAAUACUCUACAUCUAUGCUGGUCCAUAUCAGUCAGGAUUUUUAAUACAGAUUUGUCACUGUCCUGCUACAAUUGUACAUGUGUUUUCUCGAAUUUGAAUGAUAUUUAUCGCGUCUUUGCACGUGAAAUUGUUGACAACAACAGAGUGAGAUUUUUACGCAAAAAAAGUAUCAACACAUUACAGAGGACCGAAAAAAUUAUGUAGUUACAAUGGUUGCAAGCACAGCGACUGAUAUGACUGGAACCAUUUACCAUGAGCGACAAGUGAAGGAGCUAUGUGCAUUGCACGCACUAAACAAUUUGUUCCAAGAACGUGGCUUUAGCAAACAAGAAUUAGAUCAAAUUUGUUACAGUUUAAGUCCUGAUGUAUGGAUUAAUCCUCAUAAAUCACUAUUAGGACUUGGAAAUUAUGAUAUUAAUGUUAUUAUGGCUGCUCUUCAAAGAAGAGGACGUGAAGCUGUAUGGUUUGAUAAACGUAGGGACCCUAAAUGUCUUUGUUUAGACAACAUUGAGGGUUUUAUUCUUAAUGUUCCAACUGAAUAUAAAUUAGGUUUUGUGUUACUUCCUUUGAAACGACGUCAUUGGAUUGCUCUAAAAAAGAUUCAUGGUGCCUUUUAUAAUCUUGAUUCAAAAUUGGACUCACCACAAUUAAUUGGAAAGGACAAUGAUUUACUCAUAUAUCUAAAGGACCAGAUAGAUAGCAAGGAAAAGGAACUAUUCCUUGUUGUUUCUAGAGAAAUUGACAGCAAUCAAGGAUGGUUAAUAGACACAUGUGAAAACAAAGAUGACAAUAACAUGGAUCAUGAUUCCAUUAGGUAUAUCGAAGAUGGCUAUCCAGAUUUAGAUUUAAAGAAAUCAGAGUCCAAAGAGAUGAAUGAAAAUGAAAAAUUUUUAGAUAACAAAAAUUCCAGAUAAUUGAAGUCAUCAAGCAGUACUUAAUUAUUUAUUUUAAUUAUUUAUUCAUUGUUAUAAUUUUUAAGUAAGAAAAAUUGAUAUAAUUGUUGCAAAGAAAGACUUUAAAUUAUGAAGACAAAGAGAAGGAAGAAGUGAGAAACAAAAAAGGAAAAUUAUGUAUAAUAAGUGUUUCACUGAAAGUGUUUCACAAUAAUAUUUCCAUUCCACAUAAUGCAGAUAGAAUGCAAAGAGAAUUUCUUUUAUUUAUUUUUCUUAAGAAAGUUAUUUGUGUAUAUGUACCACAUUGUGUAUGUCACAUGAUGUAUAUCAUGUACAAUUUACAUAAUACAUUUUAUGUGAAACAAUGCAAUUUAAAAAAUAAUAUGUAAGAUAUAUAGCAUUUAGAUAUUUAUUAAAAAUGAAAAAUGUUACUUUAUUAAUAGGUAACAUGUAUAAGAGAAUAUCUCGUAUUUAUAAUAGCUAUUCACAUGAUUUGUGAAAGGGUAUUUAUAUGUACACGUAUCGUGAUAUUAUUUAUUGUGAUAAUCAUCUGUUAUUUUAUGGCUUGUGUAAAUAAACAUAUAAAAUUAUU